AUGAGGUGUCCUCUGGACGCCAGACCGGGCCACAGCCCUGCCUGGAAGGGGCUACUUCUAACAGUUUCAAAACCCCAAACGCCACUCUAUUUCAAGUUUCGCCUCAUCCCCAGCUCAGGCCUGUGUCUGACUACAGCAUCCUGUUCUGCCUCCUUGGAGCUGCCCGCCCCUGCAUCUCCAGAUGCCCUGACUGAAGGAGCCAGUGCCCGCCUGCCUGUCCCCGGAAGCCCGAAUGAUAUUCUCUCCACUUCUUGGUUCCGAGGGCACAACGCCCAGCCAGAGACUAUGAUCUUCUCCCCUGAGGGCCUCCCAGGGCCCAAACACACAGGCCAGGAGACGCCGGACACCCAAAGCAGCCUGAUCAUAGGAAACCCGACAGCUUAAGACACAGUGCCGGAAACCAACAGAGGACGCAGGAGUGCAACAGAGCAGAUAGCUGACCUGGCCAGCUCCAACGGCAUGAAGCUGCUGACAUUCCCCUACGACUCUGAGGGCGUUAUCCAGAGUGACCUAAACUACUCAGUGAUCCUGGAGUGUCUGGCUUCUUCCAUCACCCCCAAACCUGUGCUGCACUGGACCUUCAAUGGGGAGCCCUACCAGACUGGGGCUAGGCUGAUCAUCCGGAGGCUGUCCUGGGAGCACCUGGGCACCUACGUGUGCACAGCCAAGACCAGCCAGGGACAGUACUCCUCCUCUCCUGUGACCCUCGCGCUGCCACAAGACAACGUGGAUCCCAUAGUCACUGAGCCCAUCGAGCCAGACCCCAUCCUCUCUGUGUCAGGAGGAGGUGCCAUUGCCCUCCUCUUGGCUGGAAAUGUGGGGGCCGCGAUGCUGAUAGGAGGCAUAGGCUUCAUCAUUGUCCAAAGCAUAAGGUCGAGCAGACAAAGAAUACGGUCAUGCUGCUGA